AUGUCCUUCUCCAAUCUGAUCUCAGGCGCUGAGUGCGCGCUCCCCGCGAACCCACUGUCGCAAGUCCUGAAGCACACGGAGAGCGAUCGCAGUCUUCAGCAGGACAGAAUUGCUGGGCCGUCGGGGUCUAGGCUUCAGCACCUCCCAGGCGCAGGGCCCGCCGUUAGCGAGCAAGAUGCAGCUAUGGCGCGCCAGUUCUUCGAAGGCGGCGGUCGCGGGACCCCCUCACUUGGAAUGCAAUUACCUACCUCUUUGCACAUUCCCACAGGCCUUCCCAGCGCUGCACCCGAACUACACGAACAAUGGACGAUGGGCCAGCCCCCGAUGCAGCAAACCAUGAACCAGACGGGUUGGUCAGCCGAGUUUGAGGCGGGGUCCACGCAGAUGCGCGCGCCGCCUUCAGCUCAGCAUAUGGCGAGUGGGCCUACUCAGAGUAUGGGAGCAGGCUCUGCGUCUUACCAGCAGCCGUACAUGGGCAUGUCGUCGUACAGGUCCCCCAUGUCAAUGUAUGGAAUGCAGAUGGGCGCGGGUGGAAUGCCGAUGGGCGGUAUGGCGCAGCCGAUGGUAGAGGGCAAGGGUAAAGGCCGCGCCGUAGACUUUGAUGCUCAAAUGGCGAAGGCGUUCGAAGCACUAUCGACAGAGGAGACGCAGUCGGCUAGGAUUGCUGAAGUGGACGGUCAGGCUGUCGAAAACGCCGAAAAACCUGAGACCGCAGAGGACCUGCGCAAAACUUGGGAGGAGUUGCGCUCAUCAGCCGAGCCACCGUCGCAGGAAUCCAUGGCGAAGUGGGAAGCCGAGUUCAAUCAACUCAUGAACGGUCAACGAGACGAGCUCGAGUUCGACUAUGCCAAGGACAUGCAGAACGCGUGGGAGGGCGGUCUGGGAGACUUCGAUGGGUCCAUGGCUCCCAAGCGCAUCGAGUUCGACGAGUAUGGUAUCCCGAAGCUUGAGCCGUACGAGUUUGAACAAAACAACCCAUACUUGGACGGUUCGAACCAGGCGCGGUCCGCACUCGAGGAGGCGAAGGCGCUGCUUGAGCACAAUGGGUCGCUGGCGGAGGCCGCGCUUCUGCUCGAGGCUGCGAUUCAGAAGGGCGAUCUGGGGCAAGGUAAUUACGAAGCGUGGAUCCUGCUCGGCGAGACGCGGAACAUGGACGAGCGCGAGGAGGCUGGGAUGCGGGCCCUCGCCGAAGGUGUUCGCAUUGCUGAAGAGACUGACCAGUCUGGGGCUGGCAUGCUUUCCCUCGCCAUCUCCUACACCAACGAAUCCUACGACCGCGGUGCGCACGCCAUGCUCGUCCGCUGGCUCCGCGCGCGCUUCCCCGACCACCCCAUCCCCGACUCCACCAUGGAAGCCCUCCGCAAGCACACUACCUGGGACACCCACCAGCGCAUCCUCGACGUCUUCCUCGCCCUUGCGCGCGCGCAGCACGCCGCCGGCGUCAUGGACCCCGACGUCCAGAUCGCCCUCGGCGUCCUCUCCUACUCCAACUCGGACUACGACCGCGCGAAGGACUGCUUCGAGAGCGCGCUGAGUGCGCGACCGCGCGACUAUCUGUUAUGGAACCGCCUGGGGUCGAGUCUGAGCAAUGGGAACAAGCCGGAGGAGGCCCUGGGGGCGUAUCGGGAAGCGCUGCAGAUGCGGCCGACAUAUACGCGGGCGAUUUAUAAUGUGGGGGUGGCGUGUUUGAAUAUCGGGGCGCACAAGGAGGCGGCGGAGCAUUUCCUGUCGGUCGUGGCGAUGCAGGACUCGGGUGCGGCGGAGAAGAACGAGCAGGUGUGGUUCUCGUUGAGAAGGGCGUUAUUCGCCAUGGACCGACCAGACCUCGCAGAGAAGGCGAAAGCGGGCGCAAACUUGCAGGAAUUCCGCCAGCAGGGAUUGGACUUCUAG